GUUCAAAUUAUUAAAAUAAACAGCAGUAAUUAUGAAGCUGGAACAAAAACACAGUACUACUGAGGAAAAACCGAGCAAUGAUACUGCAAACCCUAGCAAGAUCAGCUCACCAGUUGUUGUUGGGCUGAGAAUCCUCACAGAUACUUCACUGGGAAAAUCUAACCUCCUUGUUAAACCUGCAUUCAAAAUAAGCCUACCCGGCUCUCGAAACCUUCACGGUGGCAGCUGCGGAACCCGGUCUCCGCCGGCCGAUGAAUCUUGCUUCCUCAAAUCGUGUCAAUUGUGCCGCAAGAAACUGAGCCCAGAUAAAGAAGUAUAUAUGUACAGGGGUGACCAAGGCUUUUGCAGCAUAGAAUGUAGAGAAAGGCAGAUCGUUUUGGAUGAAACGAGGGAACUCCAACUGUCUACUAAAACAAUGCUUGAAUCUCCUAGGCGUUGUAGCACCGCCGCUGCCACCUCCGGCCGCCGAGAGAUCCGUCUCCUCAUAGAGGAUCUCCGCCGUAGAAAUCAACCACCUCGUCGAAACCAAAACCAAAGCCACUGGGCAAUUGUCUCAUAAUUAUUGAAGCUCGUU